UCACGUUUUUAAUUAAUCCAACGUUCAGCGUGUCGACUGUUAUUGCGCCAGGUGCUAGACAUGUCACGUCUUAAUCAACCUGGUUUGAGUGCAUGGAGCAAUCGUUGAAAACAAAGUACUGUAGCUACUCCCCUACCACACCGCAAGUCGGCCGAGCAUGCGUAUGAUGUAGGCUAGCUACUGAACAAGCUGCAGUUUUCCACAGGAAGGGAAAGGGAUUUGCCUAAACCUGGAUUCGCUCCGAACAACUGGAAAUACUCAGAGAGACAAACUGCACGUCACAGAAAAUUCGGAGGAGAUGAAAUAUAGAUAGCUGCCUGGUUGUCUAGAUAACUACCUAUACGUAAAAAAUAAAACGUUGUUUAAAUGAUCAGCUUAGCUGCGAUCAGGUAGCCGGGAGGAUUAGCUAGCCAGGUAGGUAGCUGUCGUAGGUAGCUAGCCAGCUAGAUCGCUAACUUGCCGAGAGUGAAACUCCUUCUGAGCAAUAUCCAGACUUGAUGUGCCAGGGAAAGUGCUCUACAUUACUGCUGUGAGAUAGCUAGCUAGCACCUUAAUGUGAGCUGCGUGCUGUUGAGUCCAGAAAUAACUUGGACCAGCACACCCACCACGCUCUUGAGUGCGUUAGAUUUAACACAACAAAGUUGGCUAGCUAGCUUGCUAGUUUGUUAUCAGAGGUAGCGUUAUCUAGCGGCUAUGUUCGCUGCCAAAUAAGAGAACUUCUGGUUUCCAUCUCAACCUGGUCGACUCUCCGUUCGCGGAUUCCGUUUAGCUAACUGUUUAGCUUCAACUACAAAUUAAAUCUGCUCGAUUACUGUCGAAUAUACAGUUUGCUAGGUAGCGAGCUAGCAACGAUCGUGCACCAUAGAUUUGGUUCUGUAGCUAGUUAACGUCGGUUCGCUGGGUAAUUUAGCUAGUUGUUUGAAAAAAACGAUCUUGAUCUGAUCGCAUCACAGCCCGAAUCGCGUAACCUAAAGAAUGGUGCGUUUUCAAAUGCGAGCAUGAGCGCAUUUUAUUUUGAAUCAUGACUGUCUGUAUACUGAGUCUAACUUGUUAACUACUGUAGCACUUAGCUAGGCUUUUCAUUGGGCUAGUUAGGCUGCUAGCUGUCCUGCUAAGUUAGCUGUAUUUCACUGCUGACUGGAAGUAUUUAUGGAGCCACGGUACGACUGACACAGCCAUGGGAGGUUGUGUUGGAAGAGAGCGUGGGGACACACAGCGGUCAUCCGGCGGCGGCGGCAGGAACAGAAAACGUGGAGGACGUAACGAGCCCCUGAAGAAGGACAAGCCCAAGUGGAAGAGCGACUACCCCAUGACGGAAGGCCAGCUGCGCAGCAAGCGCGACGAGUUCUGGGACACCGCCCCCGCCUUCGACGGCCGCAAAGAGAUCUGGGACGCCCUGAAGGCGGCCGCUGUCGCCAUCGAGUGCAACGACCACGAGCUGGCCCAGGCCAUCGUGGACGGAGCCAGCAUCACGCUGCCGCACGGGUCCCUUACGGAGUGCUACGACGAGCUGGGGAACCGGUACCAGCUGCCCGUGUACUGCCUGGCCCCGCCCGUCAACCUGAUCACGGAGCGCAGCGAGGACGACGGCGGCGAGCACCACGAGCCGCCCGCCGCGCCCAAGAAGGAGUUCCAGCUGAAGGUGCGCCUCUCCACGGGGAAGGACCUGCGCCUCAGCGCCAGCAUGGCCGACACCAUCUACCAGCUGAAGAAGCAGCUGCAGGCCCAGGAGGACAUCGACGCCGCCCACCAGCGCUGGUUCUUCUCCGGCAAGCUGCUGACAGACAAGACCCGCCUCCAGGACACCAAGAUCCAGAAGGACUUCGUCAUCCAGGUCAUCGUCAACCAGCCGGUCAUUCCCAACUGAGCCCGGGGGUGCGGGAGGCGGGGAGGUGGAGGAGGGUCUCUGCCCCCAAACACCUGCCCACCCACCUACCUGCCCCACCCACCUGCCCCACCCAGCUGGCUGGCCUCCUCUCCACCUCUCCUGUCAGAGAGGCCUGGGGCGGAGGGAGAAAGGGAAAGGCAAAGACUCCAGUGCUGCUUCCUGUUAGUCAGUCUGCUCAGAGGAUCAGCACGAUGGUUUACUCCGUGACUCAGGCCAGCCUGUCCUGCCCCCUGCGGUGGUUUCCGCCGCGACACGCAGAGAGGGGUGGGCCCACUGCAAGGCCACGCUCCGUCACCACACAAACUCUCAGGGACAAUGGCGCACUAGCACAACGUAGUCCAGGAGGGGGUCGUUCUGGUAGCAAAGCAUUUUCAUUUUCGUUGUUGUUGUUCUUAGCAGGGGGGCGCUCAAAGCUAUGAUGUUGCGUGCAAAACGGAGACAGAACAUGUAGCAUCCGAUUGGCUGGUGCCUUUACGCAACCAAGCCAGCUGAAUGUCCGGAGUAAUAACGGUCAGUGAGGCUUAACUCGUAUAAUAAGCACAGCUGUCAGCAUCUUGUGUUUCUGUCAGCCUGAAACCUUGCAGGCUGACAGGGUCUUGACUGUGGAUUCAAAUCUUGGCUUCUUUCUUUAAAAUAACAGAUAAUCUAUAGCUUUUUUGCACACUUAAAUAUAGAUGUGUGCCUUUAGGGGAAAAAAUUUCUGCAGUGGUAGUUCUACUGAUAAGCCGUCUUACUGUUUCAGGUGUGGUAAUAGAAUAACCAACGCGUUGUGUAGUUGCCUUGUGCAAAUGACUUCCGCUGUCAACGCCUCUAGAGCAAAAGUGGCAGUUCUUUCAAACGGAUGCCAAUCCCUUGUUCCUCCCCGACGUGGGACGCCUUUGCCAUCACUGUCCGCCUGUACCAGGAAAGGACCUGGG